AUGGCAAGUGCAGCAAAAAAGCGCGCUAGGACACAGAAGGACGAUGUAGAACACCGCCUUCAAGAGGCAUGCAAAUCUCUACAAAGUAAUGUCCAUAAAUCCUAUAGUUCUGCUGCUGAAGCUUUCGAGGUUAACUACCACACGCUGCGGAACCGAUAUCUAGGCCUCACUCGGAGGCCUGUUGAGGCCCAUGAAGUCCAACAAUUGUUGAACAAUGCACAAGAGAAGGUGCUUGCUGAUUGGUUAGUUUAUUUAGGUCACACGGGCCAUGCAGUUAGCAAGUGCACGAUCGGUCCAAAAGUUGAGGCGCUGUGCGGAAGAACUCCUUCCAAAACUUGGCUCAAGGGGUUCCUGGAGCAGCACCCUGAUCUGGUUCUUGGUCGACCGACUGGUCUAGAUCCGAAGCGCGCGCAAGCGUUCAACUUCCCUACCACUGAUCAUCACUUCAAGCUCCUGAAGAGUUUUAUUGAUGAGCACAGGAUUCCCUGGGAGAAUAUAUACAACAUGGAUGAGAAGGGAUUACAGUUGGGAGGUGGAAGGAAAGCUGGAAGGGAAAAAUUGUUUUUUUCUCGUAGUCAGAGUGCAAAUUUGCAACUCGUGACAGUGAUCGAAUGUGUCUCUGCCGACGGUGGGAAUAUCUUACCGGGGUUUGUUUUUCCCGGUGUGGAGCAGUGCCCGGAGUGGUCAGAAGGGACCGACAAGAGAAUCAUCAUUGCAACCUCCGAAAAUGGGUGGACCUCUGAUUACAUAUGUACUGAGUGGUUUGCGAAGGGCUUCAUUCCUCAGGUGAAGGCCCGAAAUAUCUCAAAGAAACCUAUUCUGCUAAUAUAUGAUGGCCAUGGCUCACAUGAAGCAGAUGGAAUGCGAGAGCUUGCUUUAGAACAUGGCAUCCAUCUUUUUUGCCUUCCACCUCACACAACCCACCGUCUUCAGCCACUCAAUGUUGGAGUGUUUGGACCGCUUCAGCGGGAAUGGAAGAAAUGCUGCAUAACAUUUCUUGAGGACAAGAAUCGGGAGCUUGCCUUGAAAGAUGUCGUUCAUGUCUAUCUCGUGGCACGGAAUCAUGCCUUCAAGGUGGAUACAAUUUUGUCCACAUGGCAAAAGAGCGGGAUCCAUCCCAUCAAUCCUCAAGUCUUUUCGGAUGAGGAUUUCGCACCUAGUCACGCAACGUUACGCCUCGCUAAUGUUCCCUCAUCAUAUCCGACCAUCAUGCCUUCCUUCAGUGAUGAUCCUUCAUCUGAUUCAUCCGACGAUACCUUCAUCCCAUGGGACAACUCUGACACAAGCUCUGACGACGAUUUGGACAACUUUUCAAACAAGCUGGACAACAGCAGCACGUGCGACGAAGGAAUGGCUGGAGAGGACUUGCGCAAAGACUCCUGCGCAAGUUUAGAGGACUCCGAUGAUGGCAAUGAUGGCGAUGGCAACAAGAACCACGAGCACAAAGACGAGCAUGAGCGCGAAGAUGAGCACGACCACAACCACGAGUGCGACCACAACCACGAGCGCAACCACGAGCACAACCACGAGCACAACCACAACCACAAGCAUUACAGGGACAAGAAGGACAGUGGCGGGACCGGUCGCAGUGGGGACGAUGGCGGUGGCAACAGCGGUGGAGACGAUAGCAGUAGCGAUGGCGGUGGAGACAGCAGCAACAGCGAUGGCGGUGGAGACAGUGACGGCAGGGACGGCAGUGGAGAUGGCAGUGGCGGGGAUGGCGGUGGAGACAACAGCAGCGGGGACGACGACAGUGGGGAUGAUGGCCUUGGUGGCAGAAAGGACGGCGAAGACUCAAAGGAGGGCUUGGACAGGCUGGAAAUCUUGCACAGGCAUGGAGCAUACGCUGCCCUGUCACGAUCUGAUAGUGAGCGCGCUGAAGACUACUCAGUAAUGCCAUCCCACAGCAACAGCAGCAGAUGGCGCACGCAUUCCAUGACGUCCGCACUCUCCACCCCUUCUUCAACCGCCUUUGCACUCCCUCCCUCACCCUACCCAUCACAAUCCUCCUCUCGACAAACCCGAGAUCAACUUGAAAUCCAGCACCUCCAAAAUAUUCUGCGGCAGCGCAAGUUUGAGAUGUCGGAGAUGGCGAUACAGCUCAACGCUUCCAAGGCUCACUGUGCCCUCAUGAAGCGGCACUUUGGUGUGGUCCAACACCAACUCAAUUUGAAGACACACACACAGGGGGAACGUCAUUUCAACACAACGUCACGAGUCCUCACAUCGGCUGAAGCUCAAGCAGAGUGGCAGCUCGCGAAGACUGCGCGCACCGCAAAAGAAGCAAAAAAGCAGGAAGAUGAGAAGAAGAAAAAGGAUGCAGCCCGAGACUGUGAAGCCCGACGUGCAGUAACGUCAACAGUCUUCAGUGGGGGCUUGAAGACAAAGGCCAAGGAGGAACUGGGGGACAUUGCGAGCGCGCUAGGAUUGCUGGUCGAAGGUACUAACAAGGUCAUCAUAGAACACAUUCAAACCCAUCUUGACGCAAUGCCCUCCCUCGCCGAUGACCCCCGCUUUGCUGGUCUUUUUGCACGCCGUACACGAGGUUGCAAACAUGCCGCGCGAGACUUUGAGCGUAUGCAGCCCCCACUUGAUGACACCCAGAUGGCGCGCGGUCCAUCAGUCUCACAUGAGUCCGAACGUCCAUCACAAUCAAAAUCCCCCCCUCCCGCAUUGGCUAAUAUCCCUUUGCCGGAAUCAGUGCCUCUGCCAUGGCAGUCUUAUUCGAUGACACCAGAGGCAGGGCCCUCUCGCCAUCCGAAUUCCAUGCCCUUCCCUUACAGCUAUCCUCCUUUUGACCAUUCUUACUAG